AUGAGUUCCAGAGAAGAGAAGAAAAGAAGACAAGACCAACUGAUCCAGAGAUUGACGGAGGGCAAAAGACGCAAAAACCUGGAAGAUAAUGGCCAAAUUACGGUAUCCCAGAAUGAUGAAAAUUUCGAAGUUUUGGCCGGAUCGGUAAGUUUUUAUAAGCAGAUCCUCUUGAUUUUAGGAUAUUAUGUGUUUUGAAACACGGGCUUUGAGAAUCCGUCAAAAUUUUGAAAAUCGGAACAUUAAUUCUCGAGAAAAUUUCGAUUUAAUUUUUUGCCCGGCGGGGAUUUUUUUGGAAAAAAUUCCUUUUUAAUGGUUCUAUGGUUUCAGAAUGUGCUUCAAAACGUCAACAAUAGAACACCUAACAGAAGAUGGCAAUCCCGGAUACAACGGCAUGGGUUUAGCCAGGAAGAUAACGAAGACAUCUCGGAUAUUGCACUAUCCCAGAAUGAUGAAAAUUUUGAAGUUUCGGCCGGAUCGGUAAGUUUUUAUAAGCAGAUCCUUUUGAUUUUAGGAUAUUAUGUGCUUUGAAACACGGGCUUUCAGAAUCCGUCAAAAUUUUGAAAAUCGGAACAUUAAUUCUGGAGAAACUUUCGAUUUAAUUUUGUGCCCGGUGGGGGUGUUUUUGGAAAAACUUGAUUUUUAAUGGUUCUGUGGUUUUAGAAUGUGCUUGGAAACAAACCCUAUCACGAAUACGUACUGCAGGUUACAAAAUCGACAGGAAGGGCAGCCCCCGCCAGAGCCCCAGGACAAAAAUUGGGAAAUUUACAAUAA